CUUUAUCAGCGCUAGACGUGAUUGACCUACCUCUCCAUCCAACAGAUGAAGGCUAUGGCAAACACGACAGUGUUGCAUAUACUACUACUUGUGACUUGUUGGAGAUACUUGGUCCUUUGCGCAGACAUAACUCUGGACACAUCUGCUACAGCUGGCGUCCUUGGUCGUCCGUUCACGUUCACCUGUCGUGUCGAGGAUGCAGACGUCACAGGUUUAGUUCAAUUCUCGAUCCAGGAAAAAGGCACUUAUGGCUCUGUCUGCCGUCUAAUGGGAGCUACAGGUGAAAUCGUGGGAAACACCAGCUACCUCUGUUCACGUGAGGAUGGACAACCAAACAUCUACACUCUGACCAUCGGGAAGGUUUCUCUGGAACAUGACACCUCAUGGAUGUGUCAGGCUGCAGCGAUGAAAAGCAACACACUUCAUCUGAACGUAAAUUAUCCGCCCUCCCUGGACAUACGCCCCGUGGAGCCAUGCACCGGAUACAUAUUCCCCGCGGAUGAGACGAAUGUAUCUUUGAAUUGUUUCGUCACAGCAGCAAAACCUUCCCCAUCUAACUUUACCUGGUACCAUGGAGGGAACAUUGUUGGCAGAGAUCAGCUUUACAACAUUCCAAGAGUGUUCAGAUCCAGUUCCGGGCACUACAGAUGUGUAGCUGACAAUGGCGUAUCCACCCCUGGAGAAGACAGUGUUACAGUUGAGGUGCAGUAUCCGCCAGUCGUUCACAUUGACGAUGUCCUGCGAGUCGUAAAGGUGUCGGAAGAUUUGACUAUCCGCUGUAUAGCAGAUGCGAACCCGGAAGCGACGUCUAUAGUUUGGACAAAGGAAGGUGCAGAUGGUGGGAUCUCUAUGAAUGGUACUCUACAUCUGAAGGACAUACAGAAAACUGAUGCAGGAGUGUAUGUUUGCGCAGCGUCCAACACGGUUCUGACAUGUAAUGGGACACGACACACCCAACAAUCAUCUUCAAAUAUAACAUUGGAGGUGCAAUAUGCUCCGGAUAUCCAGUAUUUUGGUGUCACGUCUGGGGACAGAGACGUGACCGUGACGGAACACGACAAUGUGACACUGCAAUGUGACAUCAGCAGUAUUCCUGCUUCUACUAUAGAGAUCAGGAACAAGACAUCCAGUAUAGGAAGUGGGGCUAACAGCGAGACAGUCGAAGCGAGUAUCGAGGAUGUUGGAUGUCGUCAAACAGGGCUAUACACCUGCUCUGCAAGGAAUGUGAUCGGGAAAGCUGUGGAACGAAACAUAUCAUUACAAGUAAAAUGUGCCCCAAGACCAUAUGGAUCUACACCGGGUGGACCUGUGUUCAGGUCAGCUCUAAAUAGAACCGUCACACUAAGUCUCACUGCCAUAGCUUUCCCUGAGCCAACAGUCACGUGGAGUAAAUCACCAAUGGGGAAGCCACUCACUAACACCAAUGUCACAGUCGUUGAUUUCCGUGUAACAGGAAGUUUAACCAUCUUAGAAGUCCAAGAAGAGGACUUGACAAACUACACAGUGAACGUGACAAACACGGAGGGGACCUGGAUGCUGAACGUUGUGCUGAAGUCUCUAUCUCAGCCAGACGUACCAAGGAAUCUGCAAGCUUCAUCUGUCAAGCCUCGGUCCGUAACUUUAACAUGGGAAAAAGGUUCCAAUGGCGGCGCCAAACAGAGCUUUAGAAUCCAAUACAGGCAAGAUAGCAGACAAUGGAUCACGCAUCCCUCCAUGCCGAGUGAGGACGACGCCCUUCAAGUGGAACUCGAGGGUCUUGAAGCUGAGACGACGUACACUGUUCAGAUGUUGGCACUGAAUGGUUAUGGUUCCAGCAACCACACAUCCAUCAGUGUGACAACAACAUGUCAGACCUGCUCCACUUUUGUCGUGGCGGUGGGAGCCGCAUCUUCAGCUGUCGUCAUAUUCAUCAUUAUCGUCACAGUUGUCGUUGUAGUCAGGAAUAGGAAAAGACGCCAAUCAGAAGCAGAUGCUGGUGCAACAUUUACUAUUCACGAAGACGCGUGCACGUUGACACCCCAACCUGCUCCAGGUCGAAGUCAGAACUACCCAAUGUUGUCUUUGCCACCACGGCCGCAGGGCGAGGCUGACGACAUGACCACCGACGAGAGUCAUUAUGAUAUGGCACGUGCGUCAAAUACAGGCGUGUGACGUACCCGUAAUAAUUGUUCUUGUACCUGAGCUGGCUGGUAUGUCAAUGUCCGCAUUAGAUGUAUACGCUUUUUACAAAAGUCUUUAGAUUUGCGUUUAUUCAGAUCAUAUCGAAUGGUUUUUAGGCAUUUUGGCAUGUCAAUGAUGUUUCUCAAAAUUACAAUAUUAAAAAGAAAAUGUUAAAAAUAGAUAAUGAUAUUUGGUAUGUAUAAUGCCCUUUGUAUUUCGAACAGUGCAAUGCCACCAGCUUUGUUGGAUUCUGUUCACAAUAUCUGUGCAGACAAUACAUGUGCUACUGGUAAACAUUUUGGACAAAGUAAACAAUUUAUGUGACACGUGUUGAGAAGGGAUUGCGUUUAGGAAGGAGCAUGGUACAGUAUGGCACGGAUUUACAAAGAAAUGAGUUUAAGAAGUAACUGUUGCAUGUUACAGAUCAUUUGAUAUUCUGGGGCAAGCCUGGGAUUUAAACAAAUUGUUCCAAAUAAUUGUUUCUGCAGGAUGCCGUGAUAAGAAAUGGUGUAAAACAGUUGAACAUUGUCGGGGUCCUUCUGUCAGAGAUUGAAUCAAGUGUAUCUAGAUAGAGAGGAAGAACACUCUGUACGCUUGACAGUUCAUACCUUUCACUUCAUUUUCUUUCUUAAAGCUGCAAUGAAUAAUCUGUUUGGUAAUUUAUUUAAUAAUAAUUACCACCAAAGGCUCGGGGCUCGCACCAUUCAAACCCUCGGGACAGGUAAUCUUUAAUUUACUCUGGAGGUCGUCAUCAUUUAUUGACAAAUUCGUCUUAUUCAAUUGAAAAAAAAAUGUUUUAAUGAUAAGACGUGACACCAGAUCGGCCGCUUCGUGGUUGAUUACCUGUUAUGUUGUCGUAUGCGGAUGUUCCUGAAGCCUGUAUGUUGUGGAAUGAUAGAUACCAAGGUGCCUGGCAACUCGUGACAACCUCCAUCAAGCUUUAGUAAGCUGGACAGGGUGUGGUGUUUUCGUGUCAAACUUAAACUCAAACUACAAAAGCAACAGCUAUUAUUUGAGACAGGUGACAGGGCACUUAAUAAGUCAGUUGAAACGUUCUCAAACCACGUUUUAUGCAAUUUUGUCUAAUUAAAAAUGUUUGUUCACACCACUUCUGUUCGAUAAUAUUGCCCACCGAACAUCUUCGCGUUUCUUUUGGAGGUGUACUAUAUAUAUGUUAUGUUAUUCCUUUGAUAUGUUCACCCCCAUUUAGCCUGUUUGUCAGUGACUGCUUUUUCACGCAAAUUGUUUAACUGCAGGAUGGCGAUGCUGUUCAUUUUCAAAUAUGUUGUGCGAGUUUGUCUGUUGUUUGAACCUGUUUUUAUUGACUUGAACUUAAAACGCCUGACAAGCUGUUUUUGUGGGAUACAAUGUGUACAUGUACAGGCUUGUUAGCCUCACACCAAAAUAUAUGAAUGAUAUCUUUAUCCGGCAUGGAACUUUCGUCCUGGCCCCUAAAUCUAUGACAUGUAAGUAUGAUGAUGGAUGUCAUAGCCUACUUAUACCUGUUGUACGAAUUUUCACUGUGUGUCUCUUUUUUGUCUUUUUUCUUAAUUGAUUAAUUGAUUUAUUGAUUUAUGGACACUUUCGAAAAUAUGCCGCAUAAGAUGAGUACGAGGGCUAGCAUGAAGUAUUCAGCUUUUGACGUCUUGUGUUCUUGUAUUUUCCCAUUCCCAGCUACUACUUCUGUAACUUCAAUGACGUACCUGAAAAUGAACCCCACAAAGUUCCAUGGUCGACACCCUCCGAUGACCUUGACUGUCAUGGAAUGUUGCUUUGCCUUCACUUACGACGGAUGCUACUUAAAGUGCAUGCGUACCCUUUUAAUCGGCUUUCUGUCAUAUCUGAUCGUUUCACCCCGAUUCGUGAGUUUUGAAUAGUUUUUUGAUUAUGUGUUUCAAUUUUCGUUAAUCGAUGAUGUUUACCUCGAUGUAUUUAAUGUGCCUUUCCGUACCCAAGUGUGUGAACCAUAGUAAUAUUUAUAAAUGAAAUGAUAUGUUUGAAUUAUUUAGCGGAUGUCUCCUCAUAACUGACAUUUAUGGCUGAUACAUGCAAUGUAAACAUUUCACUUAAAGGGUUAAUUGGUUAGAUUUAACAUUUAGGACAGUGUUUGAUUGUUAUACAACUCAAAAGAAAGUAAAGGACAUCCGAUUUUUUCAUAUGACUACAAAAUGAAAAAAAAAAGUUUUUCAUAAACAUCUGUUGAGUAGUAUAUCACAGCGUACCAGGUUAAUGUGGGAGGAACACCCCAAAUAAUGCAGUUCCAAGACGUUUACCGGUUUUGUUAAACGCGCGACCGCGGGCUUGUUCUGGUUUUAGAACCCACGAUCGUCGGAUUCUAGUACAAGAGACGCAAUUAUACAUUGGGAAUUACAAGGUCUAGACGACGGGACUUCUUCAAAUAUUGAUUUCUGGUUGAACGUCUUCAUUGUAUGUUUGAUAAUGUCUAUGUUUUUAUUGAUAAGUUAAAAUGACAUGUUGUUAUUUGUCGAAUUAAUGUUCUCAAUAGCCCUAUGAAGACUUUGCGAAAUACUAUUUAGCUACAGUUGUGUGAUGUACAUAUGUUUUUUAUCAAUGUGUCUAUACAGACGGAGAAGAAGGCCCGGCCAAAGAUAGUUUCAACUAUCCACUACAUAACAGGUCUAUACUGUACAGUUUGGUUUAGUUGAACUCAGUGAAUAUUUCUAUGUACUAUGUAAACUCAAAUUAUGAACAACGAGCCAUUCUUAUACCCCACACCUGAAGCAAAUAUGCCCCGAAAUGGUGUUUUAGGUUGUCAUGCAUUUCAUCUUUUUGAACAUUCUUAGUAACAUUAUGGCAUGAUGGUGCUGAUUAGAUCGUUAUUCAUAAAUAAUACGUUAUGAAAAUUGAUGUAAAUAACAAGAUUUUCACCAAAACAUAUCAUUUAAAAAAUGAUUAUGAUUUGUAUUUCUCAAAUCAAGGGUGUGAUUAAGCAUUUGUUUGGAGAACAAUUCUAUAUGCUAUCAAAUGUGAUAUGUGUGUACACUAUCCUAGUCCAAACUGCAAGAUAAUAUAUCAAGUGCUUACUAAAAUAUUAAUUUUCUUCCUUACGCCAUCAUGUUUCAAUUUCAAAAUCCACCUUGGCACAAAAUUUGUCAGUAUUAAAAAGAUUGAAUAAACGCCUAUGGCAUUUGACUGUCAUAUUAAUUUGCUGUGUAUUUAUUUACAAUGAAUUUCUUGUUAUAAACUUUAAUAUUACGUAUAUGCAUGUAUACACAUUUUGUCAUAAUGACUGGUCUCUUGCCUGACCUUUGACAACUGAGAUGGACUCUGAAGAACGUGCAGGGAGGAAAA